CCCCUUUUUGGAAAGUCCUCCAACGCUGGGGACCAAACAAAGACCCAACAUAUGUUGCACCGUGUCUCUGCUCAGGCUGAGUGACUUGGACCACAGACUCAACACACAAACAACCAUUGACUGACCCUGAAGAGAAAACGCUCGCCUACAGCUCACGACACAAAACACUGCGUGGUUGAGGCAGCUCUCCAGUGCCCCCUGCUGCUCCUGAUAGGCACUGCCGGUGCAGUGUGCUCCAGUACCCUGUAACACAAUGGCCCAAUAUGACACACUGGACGACAAGGACUCACUGGAUUUCCAUGACAACCCACCGGCCCCUGACAAUGUGGUGAAGGAGGAAGACAACACGGUGUACUUCAUCUAUGAUGAGGAGGUGGAGGAGGAGGAGAAGGAGGAACCCCCUCCCCCCGAGCCAGUCAAGCCCGUCAACGACAAGCCACACAAGUUCAAGGACCACUACUGCAAGAAGCCCAAGUUCUGUGACGUCUGUGCUCGCAUGAUAGUCCUCAAUAACAAAUUUGCGCUGAGAUGCAAAAACUGCAAGACCAACAUCCACCAUCAGUGUCAGUCUUAUGUGGAAUUUCAGCGGUGCUUCGGAAAAAUACCUCCGGGCUUCAGGCGAGCGUACAGCUCUCCUCUCUACAGCAGUCAGCAGAACGCCACCGUCAGCCAGCUGCUUCCCUUCUCCCAGUCCAACCGCUCUGACCCCGUGUUCGAGACCCUGCGUGUGGGAGUUAUCAUGGCCAAUAAGGAGCGCAAGAAAGGCUCUGAGGACAAGAACAGGAUGAUGAUGAUGAUGAUGGAGGAAGAGGACUCCCAGCCCAAAGAGGACGAGGAAGGAGAGGGAGCGAAUCAGGAAGGAGACAAGAAAGGUGACAAAGCUGCAGCCGAUGACAAGAGCAAGAAGCCCCAGCCGGGUAAGCUGGGGGUGUUCAGCCAGACACACUACUACCUGGCGCUGUACCGAUUCAAAGCCGUGGAGAAGGACGACCUGGACCUGCAUCCAGGUGAUCGCAUCACUGUGAUUGAUGACUCCAACGAGGAGUGGUGGAGAGGGAAGAUUGGAGAGAGGUCAGGCUUCCUGCCGGCCAACUACAUCAUCCGAGUGCGCUCUGGAGAGAGGGUCUACAAAGUCACCCGCUCAUUUGUGGGCAACAGAGAGAUGGGCCAGAUCACCCUGAAGAAAGACCAGAUUGUGGUGAAGAAGGGCGAGGAGGUGAAUGGCUAUCUGAAGGUCAGCACUGGUCGCAAGCUGGGCUUCUUCCCCGCAAACCUGCUGCAGGAGAUCUGAGGAGCUGGACUCACUCCCACACAUCAUCACACCAACAAAGCAAUAACAACAAAGUUUUUAUUUUAUCUAAUUUAUUUGAUCUAAUUCUAUUUCAUUUGUAUUACAUGAAAAAUGAACUGCUUCAGAAAGAGUGUACUUGAA